AUGAAAGGAUUAAUUUUAGUCGGUGGAUAUGGUACUCGUUUGAGACCUUUAACCUUGACCACCCCAAAACCUUUGGUUGAAUUUGCCAACAGACCCAUGAUCUUGCACCAAAUUGAAGCUUUGGCCGCUGCUGGUGUCACUGAUAUCGUUUUGGCUGUUAACUACAAGCCUGAAGUUAUGGUUGGUACUUUAAAGAAAUAUGAGAAAGAAUACGGUGUCACCAUUGAAUUUUCUCUUGAAGAAGAACCAAUGGGUACUGCUGGUCCAUUGAAGUUGGCUGAAAAGACUUUGAAGAAAGAUGAUUCUCCAUUCUUUGUGUUGAACUCUGACGUCAUUUGUGACUACCCAUUUAAGGAGUUGGCUGAAUUCCACAAAAACCACGGUGGUAAAGGUACUAUUGUCGCUACCAAAGUCGAUGAACCUUCUAAAUACGGGGUUAUUGUUCAUGACAGAGAUACUCCUAACUUGAUUGACAGAUUUGUUGAAAAGCCAGUCGAAUUUGUUGGUAACAGAAUUAAUGCUGGUUUGUACAUCUUGAACCCAGAAGUCAUCGAUUUGAUUGACUUGAAGCCAACUUCUAUCGAAAAGGAAACUUUCCCAAUCUUGGUUGAAGAGAAACAAUUAUACUCUUUCGAUUUGGAAGGUUACUGGAUGGAUGUCGGUCAACCAAAGGACUUUUUGUCCGGUACUUGUCUCUACUUGAACUCGUUGUCUAAGAGACAACCAGAAAAGUUAUCUAACGAGAAGUUUGUCUACGGAGGAAAUGUUUUGAUUGACCCAACUGCCAAGAUCCACCCAUCUGCUUUAAUCGGUCCUAAUGUCACUAUUGGGCCAAAUGUAGUUGUUGGUGAGGGUGCCAGAAUUCAAAGAUCCGUAUUAUUGGCUAACUCAGUUGUCCAUGGCCAUGCUUGGGUUAAGUCCACCAUUGUUGGAUGGAACUCCAGAAUCGGUAAAUGGGCCAGAACUGAAGGUGUUACUGUCUUGGGUGAUGACGUUGAAGUGAAAGAAGGAAUCUAUGUCAACGGUGCCAAGGUCUUGCCUCACAAGUCUAUUAGUUCUAACGUUGAAAAGGAGGCCAUUAUUAUGUAA